UGUUUAGACUGUGACGAGUUGCGCGUCAGGAUGGUGAAUUGCUAAAACUUCUAAUGUCAUUGAGAGAAACACUCAGCUGUUCGACAGGGUGACUGACUCGCACAUUUGACGUCUGUAUUUUAGUGUGGUGACUGUUUUUUAGGGAGACCGAAACGAAAAUUACCGUCGAACGCAAACACUAAACACAACGAGAGCCACAUUCGAUCCAAGAAAACAUGAGCGAGUUAAGUCAAGAGGAGAUCCGUCGUCGGAGAUUGGCCCGAUUAUACGGUGCCGGUUCUCCAGCAAGUUCGCCGUCGAGCUCGGUCUCGCCGCCCAUCACCCCCAUCUCUCAGUCGCCGAUGGGCGGCGUUCAGAUGUCGUUCGAGACGAAGGGCGGCGGUAACACCACUCCGACCGCCAUGGACGAAACAGGAACGAACUGUGAUAACGGCGCGUCUCAAUCCGAAGGCGUGUUCAAAGAGCCAACCAAACCGAUCGACAUCAAUAUGCCGUCGUCGUCCAAGGGCAGGGAGAGACGACCGCCGCCACCGCAACGGAGCGAUUCCGAGAAUAGUUCCACGCACAUGGAGGUCGACGAAGUGGGCAGUUGCAACGACAAGACUGGCGGUAACACUGAUAUCGAUUCGGGAUUCGAAAACAUGGAGGUGGACGAAGCCGAAAAUACGACGGUGAAGAAAGACGCGGCACGCCAAAGGACCACUUCAUCUACUUCCGAAAUGUCGGAGGAACAGCUGCGUGCUACCAUCGCACGUGUUUUACAUUCCACGUUCACCGACACGUCAUCCGAAACUAGGCUGUACCUGCCGGAAACUGCCAAGAGUCUACAAGAGAAUCCUUCGGUGCGAUUGAGCGCCUUAAUAUCGAACACCAUUCAAGAAGUGUUAGCUAUUUCGACAACCGGCGUCGACCCAUUUGUAAACUUAAAACCCGAAGAACCUGAAUCCUCGCCAUCGUUUACGGGCAGUCCCACACUCAACUCGCCAUCAGUGAGUCCGGCGGGCUCCUGUCCCAUACCCCUUCUAACGAUGCGUCCGCCCGAAUCAUCCCGACCCGUCAAUGUCCAUCCCGCCGAACUGUCUCUCAAUUUUUUGAUGGAGUCGUAUAAUCGCGUCGCGAUCGAAGAACGCAAUCAUCCCAAGAAAUCAAGCGUCCCGCCGCUGAGCAAUCUGCUGGCGGAAUUGCGAAUGCAGUUGGUACAGCACGCCACCUUAGUGCUGAGAGGUUACGUAGGAACGAGGGGGCGUGAAUCGCCCCUCCUUCAACCCAUGUUGCAACAAACUAUUCCCAGAGGUUUCGUCAACGAGUUAGUAUCCAGAACGUAUCAAGACGAGAAAGUUUUCACCGCCGUUUUUGGGCCUGUUCUACAAGGUUUGUUUAAUAUGAUGCAAAAAGCGAGUGUAGUUGGUGACGAGCACCGCAUUCCUCUGCAAACGCUCUUCGAAUUGUCCGAUAUUCGCGUCGGAACACGUCCAAUUUGCACCCUCAUAACGAAACUGCCCCAGUUCUGUCCUGAAACAAUGACACCAGCGCCUGGCAGAGAAAUUACCCGCACCUCAUUCCUCGGUCCAUUCCUCUCCAUAUCCGUUUUUGCGGAGGACGAACCGAAAGUGGCCGAAAAAUUUUUCUCAGGCAACUCAACUACCGACAAAAGCAUUAAUCAGACACUGCAACUAGAACUGGAGAAUUUCCGUACUGUGCAACGGCAAAUUUUCAAUAUGCUGGCCGUGAAUACGGAAAGUAGACAGGCUAGUUUGGAGUACAUUGCUCGCAUACUCAAGAGCAACGAAAAACGAUGCCAAUUACAGGGCGAUCAAAGAACGUUAGCAGGUGACGGUUUCAUGUUAAACAUGCUGAGCGUAUUGCAAUGGCUCUCUGUAAAGAUCAAGCUCGAAAAGAUGGAUUUCUUCUAUUGUUUCCACCCCGAAAGUCUCGUUCACAUACAGGUGGACGACACCCGAUUGAAAUUUACGUCUACGGAAGUGGCUGCUUGGCUUGACGACGUUCACAGGACACGCAAGUUUAAGCAGCCCAACUUCAGCAGCGUAUGUUGGUUCCUUACGUUGCACUGUCAUCAUCUCGCUCUCAUUCCUGCAAUGCAAAAAUACCAGAGACGUUUACGCGUCAUCAAAGACCUGGAGAAAAUUUUGGAGGAGACGUCGUCCGCGGAGGCGCAAUGGCGUAAUACUCCCUUCGCUAAUAGAAAUAAACAGUUCAUGAAGCGUUGGCGGCAGCAGCUUAAGAAACUUAAUAAGUCUAAGGCUUGUGCGGACGCUGGUCUUUUGGAUGAGAAUCUGAUGCGCAGAUCGUUGGACUUCUACGCUAGCUUAGCAGAUUAUUUAACGUGUUUGAUGACGAACAAACGUCCGGGUCUUUUGGAAACGGGAUCUAUUAAGUUUCCCGUCAAUCAACCGGCAUCCGACGCCUUCUCUGCAUUGCCCGAGUGGUAUGUCGAGGACAUCGCCGAGUUCUUGCUAUUCGCCCUGCAGUACUUCCCAAAAAUGGUGAACAAAAACUGUGACGGUCGCUUAAUGACAUGGCUCUUGGGAACGAUCUGCUCUGCAAGUCUCGUACGUAACCCGUACUUGAUCGCCAAACUUGUCGAGGUGAUAUUCGUAAUUAUGCCGGUCAUUCAACCCCGUUGCAAGGACAUGUUCAACAUGUUCAUGAUGAAUCCUAUUUCGGAAAAUCAUCUCGUUAGCGCGUUAAUGAAGUUCUACACGGACGUGGAGACCACAGGAUCUAGUUCGGAAUUCUACGAUAAGUUCUCCAUCAGAUACCAUAUCAGUGUGAUCAUGAAAGUUUUAUGGCAUUCGCAAGUGCACCGGGCGGUUCUCAUCAGCGAGUCCAGCUCCGGUAAGCAGUUCGUUAAGUUCAUAAACAUGUUAAUGAACGACACCACAUUCUUAUUGGACGAGUCGCUCGAGUCGCUUAAACGCAUUCAUGAAGUGCAGGAGCUGAUAAGUGACGAAGAGAAAUGGGGAAAAAUGCCGGCCGAACAGCAACAGUCGCGCAUGCGACAACUAAGCGCCGACGAACGUCAGUGCCGUUCCUAUUUAACGUUGGCCAAACAGACAGUUGAAAUGUUCCAAUAUUUAACUAACGACAUAAAGGAACCGUUCUUGCGGCCCGAACUUGUGGACAGGUUGGCCAGCAUGUUGAACUUCAACUUACAGCAGUUGUGCGGCAAGAAAUGCAACGAUUUGAAAGUGCGCAACCCCGAUAAAUACGGAUGGGAACCGAGGAAAUUGCUGAGCCAAUUAAUCGACAUUUAUUUACAUCUGGACUGCGAUAAGUUCGCAGAAGCUCUUGCCAAAGAUGAGAGAUCGUUCAGGAAAGAGUUGUUCGACGAUGCGGCGGAACGGAUAAAGCGUUUACAGAUCAAGGUCGGUGCUGAACUAAUUCAGUUUAAAGAAUUGGCAGGGAAGGCGCACCAGUACAUGGUGGCGAAUCAAAAAUCAGACGAUUGGAUGGCCGAUGCGCCAGAGGAGUUCAAGGACCCACUCAUGGACACAUUAAUGACCGAUCCGGUGCUUCUGCCGAGCGGUUUAGUGAUGGAUCGUUCGGUGAUCAUGAGACAUUUGUUGAACAGUAACACUGAUCCGUUCAACAGGCAGCCUUUGACUGAAGAUGAGCUUAAGCCUGUGGAUGAACUCAAGGAAAGAAUCAGGAUAUGGAAAAGCGAAAAAUCGUCCAGGUCUUCUGAUUAGUAAAGUAAUUUUAUGUGGUUCAUUUUGAGAAUUGUGUAUUAAAGUAACUGUACUGGUUUUUAUACUUUUGAUAAAAAUAAAAGACUCGAAUCAUACACAAUAUGUACGUUGAUUACGUGAAAUUUUUAACACAAUAUUCUCUAAGGCUGAUAAAUAAGGUAUUAGAUCUCAAGAUUUUAGUUGCAUUUUUCUUUAUUUUGUCUGUUGAUGAAAUUGUAACUGCCAUAAGACAUUCUUUUCCGUUUGCAGCUAAUCAGCUUUUAUUGUUUUUAAAUCUGUUGCAAUGCUUUUUCUGAAGUGAACAUUUUGUAUGUAUAAUGUAAUUCUAUUUUUCUGGAGCAAUAAUUCCUACAAUUAGAUAAGAAUUGAAGUUUAUGAUGAACUUAAGAUUUCAAUUUUCAUGACAAAAUGUUCACCAAAAUAUUUGUUGUACAUAGUUUAUAUAUUUUAGGAACAGUGAGAUGUAUAAUAAUUUAAAAAUAAAUUUAUUACGAGUAAUUUGUAACAAGUUUGGUCAGUUUACAAUUGUGCAAGUUAUUCCCAGAAUUUAAAUGUAUUGAAUUUUGUAAAAUGAUCAAACUAGUUUGAAAUAAGAGAUUUUUUAUAUGAGAAUUAAAUUGAGUAGAUUGUAACCUUUAUAGGUAAAUAAAGUUUAUAUAAAAUUUA